GUUUGCGAAUCAGCGCGUGCAGCGCCCUUUAUAUACUUAUACAUGUUGUACGCGUUUUGAUCAUAUAAUUCUAAAAUAGAACAGGCAUAGAGAAUAGAAUAGAAUCUUUAGAGAUAUAUAUUCUAUAUCUUUGUCUUAAUUGAAUCCUGACUCUUGUCUUGAUCGUAACUGUAUGGCUUUCCCCAAAGGCAAAGUAAGGAACCACAUCUACAACGCCAACGGUAUGGCCAUGUCCAUACCAUUACCAGAUUCCGACAGGAUAGUUUGGAUGGACUUGGAGAUGACAGGAUUGAAUGUUGACAUAGACCACAUAUUAGAAAUAGCUUGUCUCAUUACGGAUGACCAACUCAAUAUUGUAGUAGAGGGUCCUAACCUAAUUUUACAUCAGCCAGAAUCCGUGAUGAAUGAAAUGAAUGACUGGUGUAAGGAACAUCAUGGUCAGUCUGGAUUGACUGAGGCUGUGAUAAAGAGUGACAUCAGUCUGCAAAUGGCAGAGGUUUCCAUGCUGUCAUUUCUCCGUCAACAUGUACCACAAGGUAAAUGCCCACUAGGUGGAAACUCCAUCCAUGUAGACAAGAAAUUCCUUGAUAAAUAUAUGCCACAGUUGAUGCACCACUUACAUUAUCGGAUUAUUGAUGUUAGUUCGAUCAAAGAACUGUGUAGGAGAUGGUAUCCAUCUGUGUACAGUCGAGUGUCGGCAAAGAAAGGUGCUCACCGUGCAAUGGACGACAUCAGGGAAUCAAUUCAUGAAUUGAAACUUUAUCGUAGCUCCAUAUUUUGUGAGCCAGAAAAUGGUCUAGGUUAUGUACUCUAAUAUGGCUACCUAAAAUGUGAACGUUAGCAAAUAAUUUUCAUCAUGAUCUGAUUCUGGAUCUGGAUAGUUUUCUGCGUAGCCCACGGCUACGUGCAUAAUAACGCAGGGAUAGCUAAUAUAGGGAACGCUAUGCUAUAGGGAACGCUAUCUACAGCGUCCUUGAUUCCAUUUGCUCAUUGUGGAACACAAUAGAUGCAGCUCAUGCAUGUUAAAGCUCCUGCAAAGAGCCAAAAGCAUUUAUUAUUUAUUAUGGUAUUUGAAUUAUGAGAAAUAAGAAUCGUCUUCAUAUUAGCUCAUAUAAUUCGACCCUGCAGUUGUUUUUUACAUCGCUCUUAAAUGUUGUUGAAUAAAAAUUUGGAAUUUAAAUCCGAUUUCCAGAACUCAUUUCAUCUCUCAAUGUUGGACCAAAAUUUGUGGAUGCAUCAGUGUAAUAGCUAUUCACUUGCCUAUUGUUAAAAUAAUAUUUGUAUAUCCUUGUAAUAUGCUGGUAAAUAUAAUAAUCGGUAUCAUAUUACUAGAA